GGAGGGGGAGAAUCCAAUCCGGUUUGAGCUAGUUUUCUUCCAAUGGAACAUUAUCAUCUCGUUCCCUUGUAUUAGAUAGACUGUACUUGUACCGCUUUAUCCGGAGUAUACGACUACAGUAUAUUUUUUAUCCGGUAUUCGGUUCCAUUUUGCAGAUUUUUUUUCCCUUUUUCCUCAGUCAGCACUCACAAAUCUACCAUGCCUAGAAGGAGCAAAGAAGAAUCAGAUGCAUCUGAACCAGCAGCACCCAGGAGGAAAUCUUUGAGAUUGGGCGAUAGGGCCUCACCUGCUCCGGUAGAGCCCAAAGCCAAGCCAAAGAAGGCACCUGCUAAGCCUAAGAAAGGUAAGGAGGUGGAGAAGGCCAAGCCUGAGGAGAAGGCGGAGGAGACCCCCGCUGAGAACGGUGAAGCCAAAGCUGAGGAAGAGGCACCAGCCACAGAUGCAGCGGAGGAAAAAGAAGAAGAGGCAGAAUAACAUCUCUCAAACCACAUCUUUACCAGUGCUCCCUGUACCUCUUUUCUUGUACAAUUCAGGGGAAUAUUUUUAUCAACUAUUUUCUAAAUACAGGAUUUUUAGUAGUUUGAUUGUAGAGAACACUUUUUUUUUUUUUAAAUAAAAGACAAAAAAAAUAUCAAUUUGGAGACUGGGGAAUUUCAUCACAUCCCACAAUUUUCGCUCCUCUUUUAAAGUGGGGGUCGUCGUAACUGUAAGUGGUUUUCAUUUCAAUUGUUUGUAAUGUGAAGGAAGGGAGGGCGCCUGAUGGGUUACAGUGUCAACAAGCAAACAUGUUCACAAAAGCUAGGUCUACAACUGAAAGCGUUUACCCGUGUGGAUGACAUUCCGUAUGCUUUAAAGGGACAGUGUAUGUAAUCUGUGCUGGGGCAGAGAUGGACACAGUCACACAUAGUUUUAUUGUUUAUAAUGAAGAACAGUGUUUUAGAAUGUUUGCAAGCUUUGUCAUCAUUUUAACUCUUGUACUCAUGCAGUUUUCUUAUGAAAUUGGAUCAAUAAAUUAAACAAAAUCCCUUGUAGUGGAGCUCUCCCUAUCCAAGCUAUGUAUCUUGUGUGUUGGUUGUGUCUCUGUUCUGUGAUAGCAUUGCAAUAAAUUUGUAUAGCUGCUGUGAAAAAAAGGGUUUGAAUCUGUGAA